AUGCAAACCCACAGAAUUUUAAAAAAGCUUGGCAUCGCGGUUCGAAUCUUUUUUACAUUUCUCUUUGCUGCACUGAUACUUGCAUUGGUCAUUUAUGCCUACAAUGCACAUGUCAACAUACUGAUGUCCGAAUAUGGCGUCAUGGCAUUUGGCUUUUACGGGCUCCUGCUUUGUCUUCACCUGCUGGUCCAGAGUGUUUUUGCCUUUGUGGAGCACCGAAGGAUGCGAAAACGAUGUGAGGCUUGUUCUUACACCAAGACGGUUGGCUUCACCAUCUCUGCUUACCAGGAGGACCCAGCCUACCUGCGGGACUGCUUACAAUCUGUUAGGGCUCUUCAGUAUCCACCUGAACUUCUUCGCAUCAUCAUGGUGAUUGAUGGGAACACAGAGGAUGAUCGCUACAUGAUGGACAUGUUCAAUGAGAUCUUUGCAGAUUUUGAACCCAGCUGCUAUAAGUGGCAGCACAACUAUCACACAUGGGACUCAAAGGUGCAGCAAGGGCAGACGGAGGGUUCACAACCUCAGGAGGAUCCGGAGCGCAAAGAGGUGGAGGAGCUGAUCAGAACUAGGAGGUGUGUUUGUAUCAUGCAACAGUGGGGAGGAAAACGAGAAGUGAUGUACACUGCAUUUAAAGCCCUAGGAUCAUCGGUGGACUACAUCCAGGUGUGUGAUUCAGAUACAAAGCUGGACCCUUUGGCAACUCUAGAGCUGGUGAAGGUGCUUGAAAGUAACCCAAAAUAUGGCGCUGUAGGUGGUGAUGUGAUGAUCCUCAACCUGAAGGACUCAUACAUUAGCUUCAUGAGCAGCCUGAGAUACUGGAUGGCUUUCAACGUUGAGAGAGCUUGCCAGUCAUUUUUUGACUGUGUCUCUUGUAUCAGCGGCCCCUUAGGUCUGUAUAGGAAUGACCUCCUGCAAAAAUUUCUGGAGGCUUGGUACAAUCAGAAAUUUCUUGGACAGCACUGUACUUUUGGAGAUGAUCGCCAUCUCACCAAUCGUAUGCUGAGCAUGGGCUAUGCCACCAAGUACACUGCUCGCUCCAGGUGCUAUACGGAGACGCCAGCCCAGUUCCUGCGCUGGCUGAACCAACAGACUCGCUGGACCAAGUCGUAUUUCCGUGAGUGGCUCUUCAAUGCCCUGUGGUGGCACAAGCAUAACCUCUGGAUGACCUAUGAGUCCAUCGUGGCAGGGGUCUUCCCCUUCUUCGUCACGGCCACCAUCAUUCGCCUCUUCUGGACCGGCACACUGUGGAACAUUCUGUUUGUGCUUUGCACCAUUCAGCUGAUCGGACUGAUCAAGGCGGUGUAUGCCUGCCUCUUGCGAUGGGACUUUGUGAUGAUCUUCAUGUCUCUCUAUUCUGCACUCUACAUGACAAGCCUUCUGCCUACCAAGUACUUUGCCAUGAUCACUAUGAACAUGAGCAGUUGGGGCACCUCAGGCCGAAAGAAGAUAGUGGGCAAUUACAUACCCCUGCUCCCGCUUUCUGUGUGGGCAGCUAUUUUGCUGAGUGGUCUGUGCUACACAAUCUAUAGGGAAAGCAGGGAGGACUGGUAUUCACCUAAAAAAACUGAAGAGAAAAAAUACCUGGUGUUUGGGAGUGUUGCUUAUAUCAGUUACUGGCUUAUAAUGAUUAUUUGUUACCAGCUAUUCAUUCGGAAAUUGUGCAGAAAACGUUCACAGGGUUACAAUGUUAAAGUGUAGUAUGAUUCUUGCUGCUUUUUCUUGCUAAAAUUGUGUUUUUACGUACAUCUUGCUUUUGAUUGGGAAUUGCUAAGAGCAAAUGAAUGAAACAUCUUGAGGAAAUAUGAAGGACACCAGUUAACCUCAAUAUCAUACAGACACUGCACAUGCACUUUACAUGCACAUUUACUGAAAGAAAUGGCUGGAAAUGAUAAAUAUGAUAUAGUCGCAAUUCCUAAAUAUGUUGCACUUGGUUGUGUUCAUAAUUGUAUGGACUUAAAUGCUAAUUUAUUUAUUUAUUUAUUAUUAUUUAUUAUCAUUACUAUUAUUACACUGAAAAACAUUUUGUACAUGUUGUAUUUUUAAAAUGUAAAGUAUUAA